AUGGUGUCAGCUAUGGACGAAGCCAUAGGAAAUAUAACUAAGACACUCAAAGAAAAAGGACUUUGGAAUAACACUGUGUUGAUAUUUAGCACUGAUAAUGGUGGUCAAGUGCAAAACGGAGGUAAUUAUAACUGGCCACUGAGGGGUUGGAAAGGAUCAUUGUGGGAAAGUGGUGUGCGUGGUGUAGGAUUUGUGAACAGUCCUUUGUUAAAAAAUCCAGGAAGAGUUUCCCAUGAAAUGAUCCAUGUUUCUGAUUGGUUUCCGACUCUGGUAAAGUUAGCUGGUGGUGAUUUGAAUGGUACAAAGCCUUUAGAUGGUUUUAAUAUUUGGGAAACAAUAAACACAGGUAAACCAUCUCCUAGAACUGAAAUACUGCACAACAUAGAUCCAGGAAGGGUAUCAUGGUUUUACAAUUGGUCUGCACAGGCUGCCUUACGUGUUGGGGACUGGAAACUACUUACAGGUUUCCAAAGCAGACAUUCACAAUGGAUUCCACCGCCAAAUUCCAGUUUCAACUUGAGUAAAGAAAAUCAUUAUACCAAUGAAACAAAAAAAAUAAAUUGUUUAACAUUGCUAACGAUCCAGAAGAGCGGCAUGAAUUGUCGUCUCAAUAUCCAGAGAAAGUGCAGGAAUUACUGUCCAGACUUGAAGAAUACAAUAAAACUGCGGUCCCUGUAA